AUGCAUUUUUUAUUUACUGGGGAGAUUUUUAGUGACCACUUAAGGGGUUAAAAAUUAGGGCCACUGUAGAGGUCUAAAUGCUAUUACUAGACCACUAAAAAUUUGAGUGGCCACUUUAGGGGUCAAUGGAUCAACAUAACUGGUCCAAUCUGUUUGUUUUAAUAUUAUCAGAGUUACUGGAAGGAAUACUGGAUGAAAAACUACUGAAGUGGCCACUAAAUAGAGAACCUCUACAGUGGCCACUAAAACGGAAAAAGAGGCCACUUUAGUGUCCUCUCCAAGUAGUCCUUGGCGAGCCUCUAUAGUACCCAUUUAAAAAUUUUUUCUCAGUACUUUCAAAAAAAUUUAUAAAGUUUUUUUGAAUCAAAAACGAUUUAGAAAAUUAUUUAUUUUUUUCGAGAAAUUAAAGAAAAAAAUUCAUUUUUCUUCAUAAAAAAAGUUACUAUACAGUGUUAUUCCUAACAAAUCUUGCAUUUUUUUAAAAAAAUUUUGCCAUUGACGGGAUCCGAACCCAUGACCCCACGCUUACUAAUCUGAUCCUUGACCAACUGCUCCUCUCUACCUUUGGAUCAAGGAACUGCGAAAAACCCUUAUAAAAAUAAUCUGUAGAAUAAGAGAAUAUAAAUUAUAGAUCUACCGUCAAAAAAUGAUCUCAUUUUCAAAGAUAAAUUUUUCAUUUUCUGCAUUUUCAAGUGUUUCACCGACCUUUUUUGGUAUUUUUAGUGUAAAACUACGGUUUGUGAGCAAACUGUCUCUACUAGAAAAAAGAGAAAUAAGAAAAAAAAAAUUACGGUAUCCCAGGGUACUCGUUCUUUCUGCACGCACUGUCACACUGCGUCAUCCUCACCGUACUCUCAUUCGCCUACCGUUUCUACGUGAUCUCAAAAAGCGCCCCGAGCAGAAGCUCAACUCGAAUCGCCGUUUUCCUCGUCUACCUUCCGUCUUUCAUCGUUUUUGUGGGUUAAUAAAAAUUGGAAAUCAUUAUUUUUUUUCUAUAGAGCCUUUGUCAAAAAUGAGCUUAAAAAAGCCCAAAAAUUCGUAUUUUCUGAGAAAAAUGAAGCUUUAACGUUCUUAAAGGACCGAAGAUAUGGUGUACACAAAGUAAAAUACCGUAAACCAUACUUUUAACCCAAAAUUCUUGCUUAUUACUCUAAAAAUCUAUUUCUAUUUGGGCUUUCUUAGUAGUGAUGUUAGUGAGAAGGAAAAUUUGGUUGGGAAAAAAAUGAAUAAAAAAGCGAAAAAAGGAACAUUUUAUCGGCAACUUUGCUCAAUAAAUCCAAAAUUCUUCUCAUUUUCAAGCUGAAUUUUUUUUAAUAAAAUUUUUUUUUCUUCACAGGUGUGGUUAGUUAAUUCACCUAGUGGUCUUUUUUUACCUUCCUGCAACAUCACCAUACCAUCCCGAUGUUGCGAAAAAUGAAUAAAUUGAUUGAUUGAAUAACUAGGAACAUUUUUUUACAAUUCCAAGUAGCUCGAUUGGAACGCAGUGAAACGCUUGAAAAGUUGAAAAAAAUUCAUAUUUUUCUUUUUCAAAUGGUUAUAAAUGUUCGUAUUUUAAAAAAAUGCAGAUCAUCUUCUGCUACGGAAUGGAAACUGACCAGUCAAUCAUCAAAGAAUCCAUGGAAAAUCGUCCAGAUAUUCCCUGGAACAUCUCAACUUUCGUCAUCACCAAGAGCGUCUUUUCCCCUUCAGUGGCUUGUAAUUUUUGAAAAAAAGAUUUCAUUAAUUAAUAAUCUCAAGACUGUUCCGUCUACCUGACCGUCUUUUCCACCUUCAACUGUAUUUCUAUAAUCGUGAUUCGAAGAAAAGUCCAACUGAUUUUGAAAAACUCGGCGAGUUCGUUGAGCUCAGCAACGCGAAGGACUCACGCCAACCUUAUCAAGGUAGUUUUUUGGAAAAUUUCAGAGUUAAAAUUACUUUUCAUGAGAGUUCGGAAUGGCGCCGGACCAGAUGGACUUGCGCGCGGGGGUCUCAAAAUUCAAUGGAGAGCCUGGGGGAGCGCAUUACAGCUUGUAAAAGGGGCUGCUAUAGGGGUUUUUAGUUAGCGGCCCUCACAGGGGCUAGUCAUUUGUUGCGGUUCUCAAAAACUGAAAAAAAGACCCCUAUAGGAACCACUAAAUCUUUAAGGGUUAAGACCUUGAACCCCCAUCGGGAAAACUUGAAUUUACCACCUAUAGGGGGCACUAUUUGUCUCUUGUAGGAGCUGUUUUUUCCCCUUAACCCUAUAGUGACCACUCAGGCGUUCCUAGAACGUUAAAAAACGAGGCCAACUUUUUUUUUUCAGAUCUUCGAUUUCCAUAUUUCGAGUGAAAAGAGAAGCUUAUGCUUUGUACUUGUAAUACCUUUUUUUCAAAAAUAAUCUGGAAGAAUAAACUCUCAACAUAAUUUUCAUUUUCAAGUUUUCCAGGCCCUUUCCAUCCAAGCCUCUCUGCCGUUCCUGAUGCACUUGGCAGACGUCUUGUUCGCUCUGACGUACUUGUUCCCCAUCCAUUAUUCAAUCUUGGAAAACGCCAUUUUUUGGCUGACUUCUUUUCCGCCGGCCUUGUCACCCAUCAUCUACAUCCACUACGUUCGUCCUUACAGGUUUUUUUUGCUUUUCAUGAAGGCAAAAUUGAAAACCAGCCUUUUCCCUUGCCUUUGAAAAAUUUCUCUCCGAAUGAACAGUGAAUUUUUAAGACUUUUUCAGAGAAAUCUUAACAAAUAAAAAAACUUACCUUCCUAUUUUUAAUUUAAAGUAGAAGGUCGAGAUACCAAUUUUUGAAAAGGUCAAGCAAUACUGUUGAAAUCGAUAUAAAAACGAAAAUCAGCAUAUAACUAACUUGGCUGAAACGUAUGUUGACUGGUAUGUGGAGAUUUUUGAAAAUGAACGUCAGAAUUUUUUUUUGUCUCAUUUCGAUUCUGAUUUUGACCUCACGAGUCGUGUUAAAUAUAAUAACGUCCAAUUGAAUGAAGAUAACGUACGAAAAAGAAAAUCUGAACUAAAAUAGCUUGGAUGAAACGUAUAGGAACUUGGUAAUUCUCGACUUGAAAUUUCUUUUUGACCCGCUCGAGGUCUGGGCCGAGUCCGACAGCAGUGAAACGCCGGAACGACCCUCAGACGGUCGGAGCAAGCUCCGGACCCGUCUUCGGCUCCAAAAAUGGAAUAACCUAUACAGAGCUCGAUGAGCUCAUAUCGUAGGUUAAUACGAUAAGAACGGUAACUACAAACUGAUCUUAGCCAAAAAGCCGAGAAGCGAUACUGAACGAAGGUUGGGAGGGGUGCUUGAGUCUCAGGGUGUCCCGACUCGGGGCGGUUUGACGCUAGGACGAGAGAAAGGAGGCAAAGAGGCGCCAGUGACGCAGAGUGUUAUUUUUUUGAGCAUUUCUUUUUCGUUCGUUUGAAGAUGAAAAAAAUUUUUUGGAAUAUUUCAAAUUUUUUUAACUUCUUUGCUGGGCUUCCAAUGCUUCUAUAGGCCAUUCCGCGCUAGCUUGUCACGUUUUUCUUUCCGCCAAAAAGACCAGGUCAAAUUUAACCAACUUUCGCUUCAAGACCUUUGUUUCUUGCCGUUAUAAAAGCAGAUAUUUGAUCUAUUUUGGUAUACGGUCUUUUUGGCGGAAAGAAAAACGUGACAAGCUGGCGCGGAAUAGGCUAUAUGGAAAUAUCAGAAACGUUGUCGGAAAAAAGUUUAAAAAUUUUUUAUCCAUGAGAUUUUUCAAAUUUUUCUAAAUCAGCCGUUCUUUUGAAGUUUUUUAAGAAAACUUUCAGAAACGCUGUCGAAGACGGGUUCAGAAGAUGUCUGGGAAUGUCGAACAGAUGGCGUCCGACCGCCGAACAAACUUCUCACACGCAUCAGGCCUUCUCCGUCAGUCUCGGACCGACUUUAUAA